GCCUGUUGCCUGUGAAGGAUGCCUUCAGCUGCGAAUGCAAAGUCUGAAAAACCAGCCUCUUCGGAGGCUACGGAUAAUUCACCUAUACGGCAAAUUAUAACAAUUAUAGAACACAAAGUUCGUAAUUUGGAAAAAAGAAAGAGCAAGUUGACAUCAUACCGUGACCUGCAAAAAGCUGGUAAAGAAUUAAAAACUGAUCAAAAAAUAGCUGUUGCUAAGUAUGAUGAAGUUGCUCAAACAUUGGAAUUUGCAAGAGAUCUCUCAAAACAAAUUACUGCUAUUGCAGCAUCGGCUGAACGUGAGGCUAAAAAACAAGCCAAAAAGGUAAGUUAGUAUUUUAUGAAAUACUUAUUAACAUGUAUUUUUUUUGCUAUCAUAACUGGUGAUGCAACGAAUACUACUUUUACGAAUACGAAUAUCAAACCUACUAUUCAGCGAAUACGAAUACAAAUAUCUCACCAUGGUAAUAAAAAAUUUAAUUUAUUUGAUGUUUUCUAUUGUUCUAAUAAUUAAAAUUUACAAUUGGUAAAUAUUUAUUUAAAAGACAUAAAAUUUGUAGAUUUUCUGGUUUUAGACGAUUUCUUUUUUCAGUUUGGAUGUUCCCAGCCGUUGAAAAAAGUCUUUCCGAGGCAACUGUACAUAGUUGCAGUGAAAAAUAUUAUUGCAAGUCCUCUGCCGGUGAGGCUAAGGGCCAAACACACAUAUUUUUUUGCGCAGACGACGCGCAUUAUCCAAGUCCACCAGUAAUUAGAGUUGUGUACAAAAAUAUUAGUUUUUAAAUAUUUGUGAUCAGUAUUCGCCAAAUACGAAUAUUCAGUAAAUGACCACCAUUCAGUGAAUACGAAUAUUCGUAUUCGUUUCAUCACUAAUCAUAACCAAAAAACACCUUAGUUAUUAAAUUAGUGCAAGUUUUAUUAAAAGUUUAAAUUAUGUAUAAGAAAUAUGUAAAAAUUUAACUGAGGAUUUUUAUAAUAGUUACAGUAUCUACAUAAACAUCUUACAUAUGAUUAAAUAUGACUACCUAUCUACACGAAUGCAGCAUAUAAUUUGAAUUUAAGAAAAGAGCCCUAUCCCUUAAGAGAGCUGGCUAAAAGGCCUGCAGCACUUACAAUUCCUUCGCUAAAUUAAACACACAUUAAAAAUUCCAAAUGAAAUAGGCUUCACUGGUUACAAACCAACAAAUCACUAUAUACGUGGUAGAGCCAUGCUGCAGCUAUAUUAAUAGUAUAGUUGUAGCACAAAUUGGGGAUCUUAUACUAUACCCCUUACCCUUAUACUAUAUUUUUAAAAAAAUGUCUUCAAUACUAAGAGAUUAGCAAACUCUAAAAUUCUUAAUUAUAAUUAAAAUUUAGCACGAUUUUGAAUUUUGUCAUGCUUUAGCUGGACAGGAAAUUAGUAGUUUAUUUGUUCUUUUUAAAUUUGCAAUGGGCUACAUAAGGCUGUAUCUCCCUUUAUAGUUUAUGGUCAUUUGAAGGCUAUAAUGAAUUUAAAACUUGUUCAAAAACAAAAUGUUCUUGUUCAUUCCAUGCAUUUACAUCACUCCCUCUGAGAUGUAAAAAUUUAUCCCACUAAAAAGACAAAUGUGAAAAGGAGUCUAAGAUUAGUACAAACAAUGUAUUUGGGGUUGUGAGCUUAGUAAAAGAGUUGAGAUCUCAUGGGUGCCAAGCUCCAUACCAGUUGGUUAAAUCAUAAGAUCUAAAGAGAUGUACACAUUCUUGUUAGUGCUAUGGACUCAUCACAUCUAACGAUAGUCAUCCAUGUAGGCUAUCUAAAUAUUGUCCAUCUGUGGGGCAAUGAAACUAUCUACAUAUGGGCUCAUGUUCAUUUGUGUUUUUGUCCUUCAUACAUAUUGGGAAUAUUUAAACUUUUCCAGCAUGCAGGUUUAAUUAGUGCCAACAUUAUUGGCGUGUCUUGUGUCAUUUAUAACCAUUGAUUUUUAACAUCAUAGACUGUUAUAAUUACUUUUUAGUAAACAUACUUGAUCUUCCUUAAAUUUGGUAAUAUACAACUUACAGGAUGCAUGGGUGCGCUGUGCUGCUGAAACCAACAAAAUUCGUGAAGCUCUUUUAAUUUUGGAUUGCCUUAUGCAAAUGGGCAACUCUGAGGCACGAGAAGACUUCUUGAAUGGGGCAAACGGAGCAACUAAACUUACUGAGGACGACUUGAAAAUUUUGGAUGACUUGUUAGUAUCAUAAUUUAAUUUUUACUUAUUUUAUACUAAAAUAUUCAUUUGAGCACUAAAUGUAUGCCAUAAAUGAGCUAUCACCUUAUAACAUAACAUAAACACUCACGCCUGUCACCCAGAGGGGUAAGCAGAGAUUAUGGACUUCCAUUUGGCACGAUCCUGACACACCUCUCUCGCUUCCUCCACAUCCAUAUACCUACGCAUACACGCUUAUGUCACCUUAUAAAUGAUUAUAUUUGUUGUAAACAUUUUAGAAUGCCAAUUGGGAUUGAGAUAAGUUGUAAUAGACAGACAGUCCAGGGUUCAAGGUUUCCUUUUAAUCAUUGAUUAUUCCAGCAAUAUUAGUUUUUAGGAAUACAAUUUUAAGUUAACCAGUAUGCCCAGUAAUUUGUAACAUGAAGUUUUGGUAAACUUGAACCUGUAAGUUGUUGUUUGUCACUGCAAGGGAACUAUCUCUCACUUUCCAAUUAUAAUUUAGAUUACUGUUGACAGUAUUGAAAUAACUGAAGGUACAAAUUGUGCAGUAUUUUUAUCACGCAAGAAUCAUAUUGUCGCCUAAAAAUUUAAGUACACUGAAAUUAACAAAAAGGUAGGAAAUUAUAUGAAUUUUAUAGUGUUUUUAGAUAGUUUUAGAACACAUUUCUGCACUUAGAAUAAGUAUAUACCAAUUCAUAAAAACCUAAUGUCUAAAAUUUUGGUGUACCUUAUACAAUACUAGAUGACCAGGCAGACGUUGUUCUGCCCUCUUCGAUGACCCUGUGUACUAUAAAAAUUCUUAAAUUUGUAAUAAAAAUACCUAUUGAGAGUCACUUAUAGGGAUAAAAGCUAUCCUAUCUCUCAAAUUGAACCAAACUGCACACUGUGUGCAGUUUCAUUGCAAUCAGUUUAGUAGUUCAUUGCGGACAAACAAUGUGACAUGUAAUUUUUAUAUAUAAAGAUUAUAUUGGGAACAUAUACUGUGGAAUAUUGUACUAUUUUUUUGCUUUGUAAAUGGAACAAGUUAUUGACUAUGAAGGAAAUCAUUGAUAUCAAUCAUUUAGCUUCGGAUGAUAAGGUGACGAAAGGUGCUGAAAUUUGCCUCUGUCGCUUGAGGUGAUAGAUUUGUAUCAGACUCAAGGGACAAGACAAAUUUAAAUUUUGCAAUUUUAUUACUUCGUCCUGUUGGUGCUUGCUGGACUAAUAAUACUUGGGCGAUUAAUGUAAUUAGAGAAAAAACCACUUUCGGCGACUAGAAAAUACUCUGCCUAAAGCACCUGAGAUGUGGAUAGCAUGACUCCUUCGUCCCCUUCAAUCUCUUUGUGACCACCAAUAACACCAACUUCAACCCUACUACCAAAAUGACUAAGUUUUCACAGUUUAUUGUGAUAAUUAUUUCACUGGACUGUCACUGACUAUGGAUAUAAAUUAAUGAAAUAUCCUAGUGACAGGUACAAUACAAUCACAUUAUGAAGUAUCCUUUGUAAGACGACAAUAGUUGUUCAAGAAGGAACAAAGAGCUGUUCAAAACUGGGACAAAACAGGUAAUUGAGAUGUCCACUGGUAUGAUAACAGUACUUAUAUGUAUCUAUCAUGUUGUGAAUUUAGCCAAAACGAAACUGCAAGAUGAUACUCAAAUGUUCAGAACCCGACAUUCUUACAUCAGUACAAUUAUUUCAUAGGUUUAGUUGUAAGAUCCAAUAUCGGCACCUAUAGAAUGUCAAUUAGAGGCAAGAAGUAUAUUUCUAUACUUUUAUAGUACAUUUAUAGUACAUGUAUAAUGUUGAGAAAAUCAUUGGCAUUAAUUGGACUGUUAUGUGCCCACUGUUAGAGCAUAACAGUCACAUUUUGUAAAAAAUGGUAAUAAAUUUACAUGCUAAAUGUUUUACUUGUGUUGUGUUCUCUACAUUCUUUUUUUUUUAAAUAUUUUAUGUUCUUAUUAUUUCUAAAUAUUAAUUAAUGAUGUGUUAUUGUAAUUAAUAAACACAUAAGAUCUUAUUUUAUUUAUCCAAAGUGAAUGUAUGAUGUAGCCCCUUGUUUUUUUUUAAAUUUCCUAGAUAUACCUAUUUAAUUAACAUAUUUCUGCUAAAAUUAGUCAUCAACAAUGCAUUAAUAGGGGCCAAUCAACAUAGACAUAUUUAUCUGUAAGUUACCACAAUGGGAAUCCUAAAUAGUUCCAGGCAUAUACAAUGUGAUGUUAUGUAAAAUACAAUAAAUGAAAACUUGGUCAUUACUACUAGUUCGAAAAAAUAUUUCACAAUAGUUAAUUUUCUUCUUAAAUCAAAAUUAUUAAACAUGCAUUAUGUAGUCCUUACCUAUAUGAGUGGCACUUUUAUUUUUUAUUAACAGUUAAUUACACAUAUUUUACAGGUACUCUGAAGUUACACCAAAGCAUGAAGUAAAUGAGGAAGGUGAACCUGGAUUUCAUAUGCAAACAGUCAAAGCUGCUGAACAUUUAUAUGCUAUCAUUGAUGGAAAACAAAAAGAUAUUUUGGGCACAACAUAUGCUCAUAUUAAAGAAAUAGUGAAUGCUGUACAUGAAUGUGGAUAUUUUGACAAAACUGUUGAGACCGUUGCAGAAACUGAGGAAACCCAUAUUAUUGUGGAAGAAGAGCAGCAGAUAUCAGCUUUGGAAGUGGAGGAGGUUAAUGCUGCCCCUUCCUACCCCCCACCCACAGUCCUCCCUGUACCUCCUGCUCCAGCUGUUGUUCCUGCGCCAGGCUAUCCACUCCGUCCUCUUCCCCCAAUAACUUUACAAGAAGUUGAACAUGCAUACUUCUCUCAACAGUAUCCACAACAAAGACCUAUUUCAGAAGUAAUUGGAUCUCAAAACUUCUUUUUCCUUCAAGAAUCUGAAAUUGACAGCCCUGUUGGGACCCCUCAGCCUCCGCCACUCAUGAACCAGCAGUCGCCACCUGCGCCGAUCCCUACACAGACAUACACAAAUCAGCACUUUGUGCAAAUCCCUGCAGCACGAGUACCAGAGCCCACGCCUAUACCAAUGCCCCCUCAGCCACAUUUUCCUCCCCAUCCUGAACACGCCGCUUAUCCCGGCGUUCCUAUUCCUGCUCCUAUCCCACCACAACAGCCACCUGUACAUCCGCAGACAGUACCACAGCAACCAUUGCAACCUGUCCCACAACCAAUUCCACAACCAGUUGUGGUUGAACAAGAACCAGUGCAGGCUGAAGAGCAAAAAGCUCCUACACCAGUUGAAGAUAAAAAUGAAGAUGAAUGGAAGGAAAGCCAAAGUCCUAAAUAUGAAAAUAGCAAUGAUCGCAAAACUCAAGGUCAAGGAGAUGGUCAAAACAGGUUCAGGCGUUACGGUCGUGGAGGCAGAGGUGCAUCUAAUGGUUAUCGUGGACGCGGAAACUUUCAAAACAGACAAAAUGAUGGAUAUCACCCUCGCGGUGAAUAUCAGAACAGAAUAAACAAAGAUGGCUAUCAGAAUAGACAGUAUGAUGGCUACCAGAACAGACACAAAGAUGGAUAUCAGAACAGGGGAGGUAAUGAUGGUUACUACGGUAACGGAGACACUGGCGACAGCCAUCAACAGAAUGAAAAUGGUGGUCGCGACAGGUACAAUGAUAGUAACCAGAGUUAUCAGGGUGGAUUCAAGAGCCGUGGCAGGGGAGGUCCUCGCGGAGGUACCCGUGGUGCUUCUCGAGCGCCCCGCCCGCAACAGUACAAUCGAAAACAAGAAAAUGUUGAAUAGUUCACGUGGAGCCCAUUAAUCUUACAACAAAAGUGGCAUCGCUCUAUGAAUUUUCAGACUGACUAAAUCAUUCGUGGAAGGCAAAUUUCACCGGCAACAACGCGCUGUAGCAACAUCAAAAAGAGAUUACGGUAAUAC